UGCGCCCCUCCUCGCUCCCGCACCUGUCCUGACGAACCACGUUGCGGGACCGUAUAUAAGGACCUAACGGUUCGAUCGGCAGGCAUAACGCAGCUUGCUCUCAUCGCAAGACACAGCAGCCACGAGCAGCAUGAAGUCCACGGCUCUCCUUUGCGGUCUCCUGCUAGUCAACGCCGUUAGAGCUGGCUUCCUAGGCGGAGGUGGCGGCGGUGGUCUCGGAGGCGGAGGUGGUCUCGGAGGCGGCGGAUACGGCGGCGGUGGAUACGGCGGUGGUGGAUACGGCGGUGGUGGCUUGGGUGGCCUCGGUGGAGGUAUCGGAGGUGGCCACCACGGAGGUGGCGGCUAUGGAGGCGGCGGCUAUGGAGGCGGUGGUUAUGGAGGAGGUGGUUACGGCGGCGGAGGCGUAGGCGGCGGAGUCGGCCACACAUCCACCUAUCUUGUGCGCACCGUGAGCAAAACGCACGGUGGAGGCGGCGGAGGCCUCGGCGGCGGGUACGGUGGUGGUCUCGGAGGUUACGGAGGCGGUGGCUACGGCGGCGGAGGCUACGGCGGUGGAGGCUACAGCGGCGGCGGAGGCUACAGCGGCGGCGGAGGUUACAGCGGCGGCGGAUAUGGCGGCUACAGUGGCGGUGGAUACAGCGGUGGACUCGGUGGCUUCGGAGGUGGUGGAUACGGCGGUGGAGGAUCUGGUGGUGCCGCCAAAGUGAUCAUCAUCAAGGGAGGAGGAGGCGGCGGUGUCGGCGGCGGACUCGGCGGCGGAUACGGAGGAUACGGCGGCGGCUUGGGAGGACUCGGAGGAGCCAGCUACGGCGGCGGCGGAUAUGGAGGUGGUGGAUACGGUGGCGGUGGAUACGGUGGCGGUGGCCACCACGGUGGCUGGCACUAAGCGAAUCCAAGUGCAGUUCAUGAAGUGACAGCCAGUCCGGCCACAGCGUUCGCCAUCCGGCAGGGGUAGCAGCGGCCACCCUUCGAAGAUGGAGCAGACCAGACCUCGCAGACACUUCCAACGUGGAUUGGCCAUCGUGUUAUUGUUUUCGUUGUUGUUCGUUGUUGUUGAUUCAUCCUACGCCGUAAACAGACUGAGUUCCACCACAUGAAAUCUGCAGCUUGCCUUGCAUGAAAAAUAUAGCAGGAGGAGAUUCGGGCUUUCUUGUCACAUGCGAAGAUUCUUUAGCCGACUCCGCUGAUUUCUCUUUCAUGGUGCUGCUUGUACAGAGAAGUGUGAACUUAUCAUGAGUUGAAUAAAAACUAAAAAACAA